AUGGCGACUAAUACACCAAAACCAGUGCACAGCCUUGUGCUCGAUACUGGUCCUCUUAUAAAGAACGACCCUUCUGUCUCCUCCCUCAUCGCGCAAGCCGAAGUCCUCUACACCAUUCCUGCUGUCAUCGAAGAAAUUCGAGAUGUUGCGACAAGAUCCAGACUCGAGACCACCUUAAAGCCUUUCCUCACAUUACGGUCGCCAACGGCAGCCAGCAUCAAAAUUAUAACAGACUUUGCGCGGAAGACUGGCGACUUGGCUGUGCUAAGUCGCCCAGAUAUUCAUGUAAUAGCUUUGGCAUACGAGCUAGAAUGCGAAAGGAAUCAUGGAGAUUGGAGACUGAGGAGUGUACCGGGACAGAAGAGACUGAAUGGUGCUCCACCUUCAAGUUCAGUUCCUACGGUGGAAGACACGGAGGCAACCGAACCAGAAGUAAUCACUGAGAACGAAGUUUCAGUCAUAGACCAACAAGGUGGGACACCUGUUGUGUCUGAACCUGCUACCCUGGAAGCGACCAUCAAAAACAUACACCUAAGCUCACCAGAAACUUACGAAGUUCUUGAACCUGCUCCAGAGUCGAUCGCCCCAACACCAGCAAUUGAUGAAGCACAAAUUCCAUCUGAUAUUUCUGCAGAAGAAGUGCAAGGCUCAGAAGCAGAAGAUUCAGAUGGUGGAGAAUGGAUAACGCCCUCGAACCUCAAGAAACAUCAAGAAAAAGACUCCAACACUUCCCUUGAUCCUGAAGAGAAGACAAAAACCAUGCAAGUGGCUACCAUCACAUCCGAUUACGCCAUGCAGAAUGUUCUCCUUCGAAUGAACCUGAACCUCCUAUCACCCAAGUUUAUGCGAGUACGAGAAUUGAAGACCUGGGUUCUCCGCUGCCACGCUUGUUUCUACAUUUCCAAAGACAUGGCCAAGCAAUUCUGUCCAAGAUGCGGAAAGCCGUCUCUAAUGCGAACAUCAUGUUCUACAGAUAAGGACGGGAACUUCAAGGUUCAUUUGAAGAAAAACAUGCAGUACAACACGAGGGGUAAUGUUUACAGUAUUCCGAAACCUGUAGCAGGUACAUCAAAUGGAAAGCUUGUCUCCGGUGGUGGGAAAGGUGGUUGGGGUCAAGGUCUAAUCUUGGCUGAAGAUCAGAAGGAGUAUGUUCAAGCUAUGACUGGUGCCAGGAGGAAGAAGGAGAAGGAUCUCAUGGAUGAAGACUAUCUACCCAGUAUUCUGUCUGGCGCUCGAGGGGGUGUUGGAGGAAAGCCGAAAGUUGGAGCUGGAAAGAAUGUGAAUUCAAAGAAACGGUAG